AUGGAGUCCCCUGCUCACGCUGUUGCCGCCGGCGCGUUCAACACCAUCUUCACCGCAUGGGCCAGGGGAGUGAUCGAUCCCAUGCUAUCCAACACCUCUACCAGAACUGUCCGCGGUAUCAGCCGCACCAAGAAAGCCGAUAUCUCGUGGACACCAUCCGAAAUGCCGAGUGGCCGAUCACACAAGUGGCCAACUUUCGUUGGCGAGGUUGCAUGGUCAGAACAUCGCUCCAAGCUAAUCGAGGAUAUGCGGUUCUGGCUGGAGGAGCCGAAGAGUUCUGUGAAUGUCGCCAUAACGAUCAGCGUACUCCGCGGUCGGAUUUUGAUUGAGCGCUGGGAAUUUUCCGACAAUCCGCGCCUCUCGCCGACCCAAACGAUCGAAAUUGCCCGCAAUCCUCAGCUCGGCCGCCCUCAAGUCAAUGGCCAAUUGGAGGUCAAAUUCUCCGACGUUUUUGUGAGGGAGCCAAGGGCUGAAGCCAGGGAGCAAAAUUUCGUCAUGACAGAAGCGGAUAUGCAUGAGUUGGCGAAUCAUAUCUGGGAAUACCAAUACCCAGUCGGCUCAAAAAGGUCAUAG